UUCAGAAACCCCAAAACCCAACUGUCAGCCAUUUCCAAAAUAUCAUCCAAAAACAGUACCAAUCAGGCACAAAUUUCGAGACUCAAUCAUUCAUCACCAGAAAAACAAAACCCAAACAAGAACUUCUCUCACUGCUCCCAAAACCCUCCAAAAUUUCCCCCCAAUUUUUUCAUCAAUUCGAUCCCUGCAAUGAAAAUGAAAAAAAUCUAGGAAGUGAACAAGUUAUGAAAUCUCCAGACGCCAUUUUCAGCUGCAGAGAAAUCUACGCUACAAUUUCUCUUAUCUCCAUCUUUCUCUUGGCUUACAACAGCAGCUCUGUCUUCUACACAACCGUCCCCAUCCCCGCCGCCACAGACCCGCCGGAAAAAGUCACAACUCCGGAGGAGAAUGUCGCCGGAAAGUCGUCGAGGAAGGUCUUCUCCGUACCUCAAUUGAACACCCGAAUCCCCCUUUUGAGCCAAAAUCGAAACCUAGCAAUUUCCCCAAAUCGAACUGCUAGACAGACUAAGAAGAAAUUGAGAAGAUUUGAAGAUCGAGUGACGGAUUUCUUCGACGCCGAUUGUAAGAAUCAAUUCUUCAUGACAUGGAUUUCGCCAUUGGAGACAUUUGGAGGUCGGGAAAUCUUCGUUCUGCACACUCUAUUCACAGCACACCCAAAUGGCUGCUUGAUCAUCGCCUCAGAUUCACUCGAUUCCAAAAACGGGACGAAGGUUUUGAAGCCCUUUUUAGCCAAGGGUUUGAAAGUUUCAGCAAUUUCUCCUGACUUCAAUUUCCUGUUCAAGAAAACCCCUGCAGAGGCAUGGUACAACCAGCUAAAGAGCGGGAGCCUGCAUUCCGGGGUUGUACCAUUGGGACAGAAUCUAUCCAACUUGCUAAGACUGGGCUUGCUGUACAGAUUCGGGGGGACUUAUUUAGACACAGACGUAAUCAUUCUGAGGAGCUUUAACGGUCUGAAGAACGCCAUUGGAGCUCAGACAGUCGAUUCUAUUACAGGGAAUUGGAGCAGAUUGAACAAUGCAGUAAUGGUGUUCGAUCGAGGGCAUCCAUUGCUGUACAAAUUCAUUCAGGAAUUUGCCCUUACAUUCGACGGCAAUAAAUGGGGCCAUAAUGGGCCGUAUUUGGUGUCCCGAGUCGUCGCGAGGAUUUCCGGGAGGCCCGGGUACGAAUUCGAGGUUUUGCCGCCGCCGGCAUUUUAUCCGGUGGAUUGGAGUAGGAUUAAGGCCCUGUUCGAGGGGCCGAGGAAUUCGACGGAGUCGAAAUGGGUAGCAGCAAAACUCGAUCAGCUUCGGAGCCGGUGUUUCGCUGUUCAUUUGUGGAAUAAGCAUAGCCGGGGGAUGGUCGUCGAGAAAGGGAGCAUUUUGGAGCACUUGAUGUCGGGUUUCGGGUAUAAUUAUUUGAAUUCGACGAUGAAUUUUUAAGGUUUGCAAUGUCUCAUUGCAAAGAGAUUGAUCAUUUCGUCUAAAAAUUUGUAUGUUAUUAAUUGCAUAUGUAGUUUAGGGAAAGAAAAUAUUUUUCAUUACAUGUUACGUACAUAGGUGUGUUAGAGAUUAGGGCAUAAAGGAGCAUGCAAGAAAAAAAGGUUCUUGAAUGCUAGAAUUGUCGUGUUCUGUUCUCUGUAUGGUUAAAAUUCUUUUAUAAAGUCUACAAUUACUACAA